GAAACAAACGUUAUUUUCCGCUCCGCGAGCGGCCUGCUCUUAUCAAGUGAUUGGAAGCGUUGGAGAAGCGGCGGUUGCGGCUUAGCGGGGAGGAGCGAGAUUUGACCGUGCAGUUAGGAUGUUGCGCGGUCUCAGUGGCUGGUUUGGGAUGGGGCGGGCUGCCGAAGAAGAGAAACCGCGUCUCCUCGGAGGGGAGCCCGGAGCGGGUGAGGGGGAAGAGGGGACUGGAGGGGACGCAGAGGUCCAGAGCGAGGAGCAGGUGGAGCUGCAGGCGGACUCGGACCCGCUUCUCAACCAAGCCAAAGGGCUCGGCAGUUAUCUCUUCAGUUUUGCCACUGCUGCCUCAAAAAAGAUAUCUGAAUCAGUUGCUGAAACAGCACAAACUAUAAAGAAGUCUGUAGAAGAAGGAAAAAUAGAAAAUAUAAUUGACAAGACAAUUAUAGGAGACUUUCAGAAGGAACAGGAAAAAUUUGUUCAACAGCAACAGACAAAAAAAGCAGAUGCAGCUGUGCCUCCUUGGGUAGACAGCAAUGAAGAAGAAACAAUUCAACAACAAAUCCUGGCCUUAUCAGCAGACAGAAGAAACUUCCUACGUGAUCCACCAGCAGGGGUUCAGUUUAAUUUUGACUUUGAUCAGAUGUAUCCAGUGGCAAUGGUAAUGCUUCAGGAAGAUGAGCUUCUGAACAGAAUGAGAUUUGAUCUUGUCCCAAAGCACGUAAAGGAAGAAGUGUUCUGGAGGAAUUAUUUUUACCGCAUAUCCUUAAUUAAACAGUCUGCACAACUCACAGCACUGGCUGCACAACAGCAAGCAGUAAGAAAGGAGAAGAAUGGCAGUGAAGAGGAAAGACAGUUAACAGAAACUGUGAGGCCAAAGACACCACCUGUAGCAAUCAAGUCUCAGCUAAAACCUCAAGAGGAGGAUGAAGAGAUUUCCACGAGCCCAGGUGUUUCAGAAUUUGUGAGUGAUGCAUUUGAUGCAUGCAACCUAGAUCAGGAAGAUCUGAGAAAAGAGAUUGAACAACUUGUGCUUGACAAGAAAAAGGAAACAAACACUGCAGAAGAAACUACAGACUGGGAGGAAGAACUGCAACAAGAGCUUCAGGAAUAUGAAGUAGUUACAGAGUCAGAAAAACGAGAUGACAACUGGGACAAAGAAAUAGAGGAAAUGUUACAGGAAGAAAAUUAACCUCUUUGCACAACAAUUUUGUGGAAACUGAAAAACCUGUUUUUAUACUUGCUUCAAGAACUUUUUGGAGGCACAAAAUUGCUCUUUGUAAAAUAAGACUCCAGGUGAUACAUAAUCAGGUGUAAACACUACCCUAUGGAAAUCUAUUCAUAAUCUAGCAGGGCCUUAAGGCAGGUUUUGACUUGUGGAGCUGUGAGAAAAUCCUUAACACACACACUUCAUUUGUCAAUUUUGAAAGUUAAAGGAGUUAUAAAAGUGAGUUCCAGUGCUGCACAAGGGAGUGCUUUGAAGCAGAAAGAAGUUCCAGAGCAAGUGCACAAGUGGUGGCUUGUAUUUAAAAGAGCUUUAUGGAGCACUGGUCUCAUUAUGUUACUUUCAGGUGGAUAAAAAUGGUAGCUGGAUGUCAGACAGGAAUACUGGUUUGUAAGUUAAACUUUUCUGAACUGAUUUCUUUAGUAGAAAACUUGUAUUUAACUACUUUUGUGCAAGUAGUGGCAUACAUUGAUAUUCUGAUCUCUGUGGUUCAUGUAUAAAUAACAAUUUAUGAAAAUAAAUCUGGCUAUUAGGUUUUUAAAAAAUAUGCCCUAGUAUACAUAUGAUCUUUUAGGAAGAACUGUGUUAACAGUUCAAAUUGAUCAGUUGUCUUACAAAACUUCUGAUUUUACAGUGGUACAGUGUGGCUAGCUGAAAAUUAAAUCGUUCCAUUAAUUUUAGUUGGUGGAAAAACAGAGUUGUAUACAAUAUUGAUCAAUGAUAUUUAAACUGCCUGAAGACAUGAAGUUAAUGUUCUGUUGAGUAAAGUUCAAGCUGUGGGCCUUGAUUCAGUGUAUCACCUUCAACUUCACAUGAGUCAAAAGUUCUCAUGCAUUUCUUCAUGUUAACUGUUAAUAUACAAUAUACUGUAAAGUGAGUAUUAAAAUGCCUAAGCUGAAAGGCAAAUGCUAAAAGUAACUAGGAAUUUGGACUUGGUUUGGAGGCAUAUGACCAAGUAGUGCAAUAAUAAAUGUUAAGCAUCUGUUAAGUGGGAGGAACAUCAUAGUAGUGAAGAAAAGUGUCUUCACAUCAAAAGUGAAGAAAGUGAUGUCUUACAGAUGGGUAAAAGAACAAAAGGCAUUCUAAACUUGACUGACUGAAGAUAAUGUCAGAUAUCAUAUCUACUUUAGGCUCAGUUGUGGCUUCCCUAGCACAUAUAUACAUAAUUUAACUACUAGAAGUUUGCUUUCUAGUGAACCAUCUGGAAGAGUUCUUGUUAUUAUGUUACAUUUAUACCCUGACUUUUUUUUAUAAGAAACCUAAGGCAGUUUGGUUAGAACAGUUGAACAAAUGAAUGGGUAAAGCAUUUACUAAUAUUCUUUAACAUCAAAGUUGUAAAGGAUUCAUGAUAUGCCUCCCAUGAAUUCCAAAAUAAAGUUUUUUCAAUCAUAA